AGCCCCAUGUGAGACUCAAUCCCAGGAACCCAGGAUCAGGCCCUGAGCCGAAGGCAGAUGCUUAACUGCUGAGCCAUCCAGGUGUCCCUAACUGGGGAGAAUUCAAAUACCUGGUAAUCUGUGCUGGAACAGCAUGCAUAUAAGGUGCCCGAAGCAGCCACCUCUACCUGAGGUAGUUGAGAAGAACUCCCCCUGGCAAAGCUGAGCAGAGGCUUGAAGGACAAGGGAGUUCUUCAGGGGGAAACAGAAGUGCUCUAGGCAGAGGGAACAGUAUCUGCAAAUGUGUGGAGCUGUGGGACCUGUUGCUGGCUCAGGAACCCUGAACAGAUCCUGUGGUGGAAGCUUGGAAGAGUGAUGGAACACGGAACAGUCUUACUUGUUCACAGACGAUCUGAUCCUUCUGUCCCAGUGGAAUGUAAGCAGCAUGAGGGCAGGAAAUUUGUCUGCUUUAUUCCCUGCUGGAGGCCCAGAGCCUAGAUGAGAUAUGCUGCUAAUGAACGAAGGGAAGAGAGGAGGGGCCCAGAGUGGAUGAAGUUGACAGCCAAGCAUUUGGACUUUGUUCUUGGGAGCUUAAAAUAGAAAAGCGCCGCAGGACCCGGCACAGGAUGAGGACCCGACCCGGGCAGUGGCAGCGGGAAACCGCCUUUUCGGUUCAGCAAUGGCGGGAAAGCCUGGCGGACGGCGGCUGUGAGGGGGGCGGGUGGCCGCCGAGGGUCCCGCGGGGCAGAGCCGCGGGAGGAGGAAUCUGGGCCUCGGCGGCCGCCGUAGCAGCGCCGCCGGAAUCCCCAUGGCAACGGCCUGAAGCAGCGGGAGCUCCUGGGCGGUGCGGCCGCCGCGGCCCAUUGGACGAGCGCGGCGCGGAAUCCGCGAACUGGCCGUGGCCGGGAGAGAGCAGCUCCUGGACUGACUGGCCCUGUCCUGACCCAUGGACGCCCAGGGCUGCUGCACAGACUGCAGCUCCCCCUGCAGGAAGCAAGGCGCCUCCAGGCCCCAGGACUGUUGCUGGACCUGUGCAGAAGCCUGCGAUUUCCCUCUGCCUAGCCCAGCCCACUGCCUGGAUGCCUGCUGCCCCCAGCCCACCGAAGCUAUCCCUGUGCAAAGAUUGAUUUCUUUUGCCAACUUCUGAGGGCUGGAUUUCCAAGGAAAUUCUUCUGAAGUACGG